UGAUAACAAAACACGGCAUUUACAGCCACAACUCAUUACGUUAGCAUAUUCUAAAUAAGUUGAUAGUUAAUGGUGUCUUUGUUUUAUUUUGAUGAUUAGGACUUAAACCUGCAGUUGUGACUUGGCCUUAACAGUUUUUUAUUUUGGCGUUCAUUCACACCAGCCCUGUUUAAUCCUCUUUAAUCUAAGUCUGUCUUGUUUACCUAGUUUGGUUCGUUUGCAUGUUAAUACACAACCGAAGUACGAACCCAGGUCUCGGUUUGGUGGAAAUGAACUCUGGUGCAGUUUGAAUGCAUAUGUGAAUGCCAGACGCACCAGAGAGCUAUUUAAAAGCCAUAGCACAGGGCAUUGUGGGUAAAUGCAACCGAAACUAUUGUUUGUGUCUAGCAUUAGUGGCAGCAAAGGCUCAUGGUCUUUUGCCAAAGACAAAUUGCAAAGCUGCUAAAAUGUGACGUUACUCUGUUUUUGUUUACAUUUUCUGAAGAAGGAAGUUACACUCCCGUCUUCUUCAGAAGUUUUUGUUUUGUUUCCUUCAGUGGUUCUUGGUGCAGCGCCACCACAGGCGAGGGGGAGAACAGUUUUUUCAAAGGUUUGGUUCGUUUGACACAGAGUGAAACUGAACCAGUAGAAAAUGCCGCUGUGGUUGUCUCCAUCUCAGAUCAUGGUGAUUCCUGUAGGGGGCAACAGUGAGUCAUACGCUAGACAGGUGGUCGCGACGUUCCACGAAGCUGGCUUCAUGGUGGAUUUCAACAACGAUCCAGGAGCGACCUUAAACAAGAAGAUUCGCUCGGCUCAGCUGGCCCAGCACAACUACAUAUUUGUGGUGGGUGAUAAGGAGCGUGAGAGUGGAGCGGUGAACGUCAGGAGCAGAGGGGGUAAACAGUUGGGCAGCAGACAAACAGAGGAGGUCCUGAGGUCCCUCAUACAUCUACGAGACACCAGGAGCAACCAAGACGAGUUUUAACAGCGGCUCAUUUCCUGGAUUAAAUCAUGGCUUCAUUCUCUGUUUUGUUACUUUAUUCUUUUCUCUUUUUUUUAUGAAUGUGAAUGCUAUCAGUUCUAAUAAAAGUACA